UAUGAUUGACAGUUAUACUAUGCGCUUUAAAUCUGUUGAGGUUUGAGCUUAAAUCGUCAGUGUUGAAAAGUUUAGUCUCGUUAUCUAUGGUUCGAAUAUGUGUAAAAUAAACAGAUUAUGACGAUGACAUGGAGAGAAAACUGACCUAAGUUUACCUUAUAUAUUUGUGAGGAUUUUGUAAAUUGUGGAAUAUGCAGUUUUUUUUUUAAAUUAUAGAUUUCAUUGAAUAUUAUGUGGAAUUUGUAUUCAAAAUGUGACUGUAUGUGUAUUUUUCCAUUUGAUAUUCUAAAUAUUUAAGUUAUAUUUUAUUUUGUUGUAACAAUGGCAUUUUCUAAGAAAACUGCACAGAAGGAAGUAUCGUUCCAGCAUUCUCACAGCGAGGCAGAUAUAGCUCAACUUUUAACAUCAUUACCAAGUCUAAGCUGUUCUACUGGAGAUUUGCCAUCUAAAGAGCAGUUAUUUAAUGGUGUUGUUGCGGAUGGUGAAUACUCAUCGGAAAUACCAGAGUUCGAAUUUGAAAAGACAAAACGAAAUAUUGGUAUCCCAAUGGUUGCUGGUCAAACAGAAAAUGAAACAAAAGCCAGAAAAUUGAAUAAAACGGAAGAAAGUCGAUUAGAUACAUUACGAACACACUUUGCAAAGCAACAAACUAUGUUCGAAAAACAGUAUAAUCAACACCAACGUCGAUUUAGAAUCCGAUCCGCCCGUGUUUUACAAAAUUGUAAUACAUCAAAUGGAAACAUUGCCGGGAAUACUGUCUCGCCAAGAUCUCGACCGAAAUCUUUGCCAGCGACUAUGCCAUCACAUGAUUUAGAAAGACCGGUUUUCAAUAAGCAAGCGUCCGUUCAUAAUGACUGUAAACAUGACAAAUUAUGUGGAACAUGUGAGAGGAUACAGAGGAUAAUUAAACAGUAUGAAAUAGAGAUGAAAACCAAUUUUGAUGUAACAAACACACAUCAUACCGUGUGCUUAUUUUCUGACGCACAAAUAAAAAACUUUAUCAAUUUAGUGGAAACGAAAUAUUGUAGUGAUCUUCCUGGUGUAGUAGAAAUGCUUCAUAGUUCAAAAUACUCUGGCGUAAGUCAAAAUCAUUCGUCAAGUUCUUCAGUGGCAAAGUCUGGAAUUCAAGACAGGAUUAAAGCAUUCUGUAGGUCACAGGAGGAAUUCAAUAAAAAGCACCCAGUAUCUCGUUCUGUAAAAUUGUUUGUGGAUAAUGAAAGAAUUAAGCAAGCUCAACUGGCUACAAAAAUUUCUAAAACUUGAAGAAAAAAAAAUCCUAUUUUUUUUGUAAAUAGAGUUCAAUGACGAUGUGUUUAAUUCUAAGAUCUGUUUAAUUGUAAGAUAUGUCUGUUUACUUCUAAGAUCUGUUUAAUUCUAAGAUAUGUUUAAUUCUAAGAUCUGUUUGAUUCUAAGAUAUGUUUAAUUCUAAGAUCUGUUUAAUUGUAAGAUAUGUUUUAUUCUAAGAUCUGUUUUGAAUUAUUUUAAUGUUUAAGGGAAAUGUUUCUCGUAUCAGGGUUGCUAAUUUCCUUCAUUUAUUUGAGCUUUUCAUUCAUACAUGUAGUUUAUACAGAAAAAAACACAUUCUUUUGAAAUAAAGAAAUUUGUUUAUAAUAUUUUAUCUCCAUUUUGCAAAGUUGGUUGUGAAUUUAUUCAUGUUAUCAUAAAUAUCUGAAUGUUUUACUUGUUAAUGCUUUUGUUUGUAUUUCAACAUUCACGUUUUUUGGACUUUAAUCCAAAAUCCUACAUAACCAAUGUGUAUUUAGUGAAGUUUCAUCAUAGGAAGACUUUACAAAGGUUAAAUACAUGUAGUGCUCAUUUAUCAAUGUUAUACAACACGGUUUGAUCAUAACCGACGUCAUUUGUAUUCAUCUGGCAUACAUGUCUUAUAAACUACAUUGUUUAAUAACACUGACAUUAUGAAAGCAUAUUACGUAUGAACAUGCAAUUCACUUUGAUUAAAUUUUAAUAUCCUUUCUUAUUCAUGUUUGAUGAAAACGUUUCUAUUCAUGUCCUAAAAAGAAUAAUUUAAUAUCAUACAUGUAUUACGUGUAUUUAUAAACGGAUAGGCUUGUAUCAGUUGAAAAGGUUAUUUUAGCAUGCUGUUUUGAAAUGAUAAUUUUGGUACACCGUUUCGAAAAUAUAAAUGUUGUUUUCCAUUUUACGCACCUGUAAUAAAAUACUUGAAGAUAAAACCAUUAAUUAAUGAAUUCAAUUAACGGAAAUACCAGUUCAAAUUAAUAUUUGUAGGUAAUAUUGAAUUGAUUAAAGAUCGCUCUUUUUAAAUAUUUAGCAAUAAUAAUCUUUGUUUAUAGCUUUUGUACAUAUGAUUGUUUCUCUUAUCCCACUCAAACAAUUUUUACUUAUACAUAAUGGGCACAUUUCUUUCUUAUUUCUAAUAUCUUUGUACCGUUUUAUUUUAUUCGUUUAUUUUUUUUUUAAAUAAUAUAUCAUCAGUUACAGAUG